AGCGCGCUCAUACAGAGGUUUUCUUACGUCACAAUCCAGAGGCUUCGGCGCGGGAGGGGCGGAGAGUCGGUGGAGGGAGCAGCGCGCUUUCAUUGAGCGCGGUCUCCCGCUAUUGGUUGGUCGGCGAGGAGCGGGGUGUCAUUCGGUUCUGCGGUUCUGAGAGCGUUACUCCAGCCACUCCAGAGGGCGGAGGAGAAGGAGGCUGGAGCGCGGUAGUGAUUUUUAGAGGCGCACUGAAAAGGCUGGCGGGGCGCAAGAAACUGAGGGGUUAGGAACACACGUUCAAGCCCCCUCCCCUCGGGGAGGGGACGAGCCCUGCCCGUCCUUGCGUAUUUUUGUGAGUUCCUUUUACAAAUAUCCGUAAAAUGGAGAACGAGAUUUUUACGCCCCGUUUGGAGCAGUUCAUGACCAGCCCCUUGGUCACUUGGGUUAAAACGUUUGGACCUCUGGCUGAAGGAAAUGGGGCCGACCUGGAUGAAUAUGUGGCUUUGGUGGAUGGGGUAUUCUUGAACCAGGUCAUGUUCCAAAUUAAUCCUAAAUUGGAGAGUCAGAGAGUCAAUAAAAAAGUCAACAAUGAUGCCUCACUUAGAAUUCAUAAUCUAUCCAUUUUGGUGAGACAGAUAAAAUUUUAUUACCAGGAGACUUUGCAGCAGUUGAUCAUGAUGUCAUUGCCAAAUGUCUUAGUCAUUGGCAAAAAUCCCUUUUCUGAACAAGGCACAGAAGAAGUUAAAAAGUUGCUUUUACUUUUACUGGGUUGUGCAGUUCAGUGUCAGAAAAAAGAAGAAUUUAUUGGAAGAAUUCAAAGCUUAAAUUUUGACACAAAAGCAGCAGUUGCUGCACAUAUUCAAGAGGUAAUCAAUAAUCAGGAGAAUGUGUUUGAUCUUCGGUGGGUGGAAGAGACUGAUAUGUCUCAAGAGGAACUAGAACCACUCUUGAAAAAUAUGGCAUUGCAUCUAAAAAGACUUAUAGAUGAAAGAGAUGAACAUUCAGAGACUAUCAUAGAACUCUCUGAAGAGCAAGAUGGUCUGCACUUUCUACCCCAUGCCUCUUCAUCUGUACAGUCACCCUGUGGUUCUCCAGGCAUGAAGCAAACAGAAAGUCGACAACUGGCAGAUGCUAAAGCCAAGAUAAGAAGGCUUAGGGACGAAUUGGACGAAAAUACUGAAGAGUUAUUGGACUGCAAAGAAGAACUUGAGCAAAUGGAAAUAGAAUUAAAAAGGCUGCAACAAGAGAACAUGAACUUGCUUUCGGAUGCUCGUUCUGCAAGAAUGUACCAAGAUGACUUAGAUGCACUUCAGGAAAAGGCAAUCAGACUUGAUCAGCUGGAAAGUGAAGUCAGCAGAUAUAAAGAAAGGCUACAUGAUACUGAAUUUUAUAAGGCAAGAGUUGAGGAAUUAAAAGAAGACAAUCAAGUUUUAUUUGAAACAAAAACCAUGUUGGAGGACCAAUUAGAAGGCACUCGAGCUCGUUCUGAUAAAUUGCAUGAAUUAGAAAAAGAGAAUUUACAACUAAAAGCUAAACUGCAUUAUAUGGAAAUGGAACGUGAUAUGAAUAGAAAAAAGAUAGAAGAAUUAAUGGAAGAAAAUAUGACUUUGGAAACAGCACAAAAACAGAGUAUGGAUGAAUUAUUACAUCUUGGAUGGGAGCUGGAACAGCUAUCCAGAACUAGUGAACUUUCUGAAGCACCACAAAAAUCUUUGGGCCAUGAGGUGAAUGAAUUGACAUCAAGUAGGUCAUUGAAAUUAGAAAUGGAAAACCAGAGUUUGACAAAAACUGUAGAAGAACGUGGGAGUAGUAUGGAUUCUGCAGAAGGUAUCACUUCCAAAGUCCUGAAAGUUGAGAAAGAAAAUCAAAGACUAAAUAAAAAGUUACAAUCCCUAGAAAAAGAGAAUUCCCAACUUGACGAGGAAAACUUAGAACUGCAGAAGAAUGUGGAAUCUUUGAAGUGUGCAAGCAUGAAAAUGGCUCAGCUACAACUAGAAAAUAAAGAACUGGAAAGUGAAAAAGAACAGCUUAAGAAGGGUUUAGAGCUCAUGAAAGCAACUCUGAAGAAAACAGAACGCUUGGAAGUUAGCUACCAGGGUUUAGAUACCGAAAAUCAAAGGCUACAGAAAGAUCUAGAAAACAGCAAGAAGAAAAUUCAGCAAUUAGAGAAUGGCAUUCAAUUCUUAGAGAUGGAAAAUCAAACAUUGCAAAAAAACCUAGAAGAGUUAAAAGUAUCUAGCAAAAGACCGGAACAGUUAGAAAAAGAAAAUAAGUCAUUAGAGCAAGAGACUUCUCAACUAGAAAAGGAUAAGAAACAAUUGGAGAAGGAAAAUAAGAGACUCCAACAACAAGCAGAAAUAAAAGAUACUACAUUAGAAGAAAAUAAUGUGAAAAUUGGAAAUUUGGAAAAAGAAAAUAAAACCCUCUUCAAAGAGAUUGGUGUUUAUAAAGAAUCCUACAUUCAUCUGAAAGAAUUAGUGAAAGAGAAUAAGGAGCUCAUGAAAAGAGCAUCUAUUGAAAUAAAAACUUUGGUUACAUUACAAGAGUUGCUAAGUCAACUCAAAGGAAAUUUAGAAGAAGAAAAUCGACAUCUGCUAGAUCAAAUUCAGACAUUAAUGCUACAGAACAGAAAACUAUUGGAACAACAUAUGGAAAGCAAGGAUCUUUUUCAUGUUGAACAAAGACAGUACAUUGAGAAGUUAAAUGAAUUAAGAAGACAAAAGGAGAAAUUAGAAAGAAAAAUAAUGGAUCAAUACAAAUUUUCUGACCCAGCUCCUCCUAGAAGGAGAGGCAACUGGAUUACUCUGAAAAUGAGGAAAUUGAUGACAUCUAAGAAAGAUAUUAAUCGGGAACAUCAGAAAUCUCUAACAUUAACACCUACCUGCUCAGACUCCAGUGAAGGAUUUCUUCAACUCCCCCAUCAAGAUAGUCAAGUCAGUUCUUCAGCAGGUUCAAACUCUUUAGAAGAUGGCCAAACUUUGGGGACCAAAAAAAGCAGCAUGGUUGCACUGAGAAGACUGCCCUUUUUGAUGAAGAGACCGAAGAAUAAAGGCAAAAUGAAGACCUACCAUCGUUCCAUGUCCAUGAAUGACCUGGUGCGGUCCAUGGUCCUAGCAGGAGGACAGUGGACAGGUAGUACUGAACAUUUGGAGGUUCCUGAUGAUAUUUCAGCGGGUAAAAGGAGAAAAGAAUUGGGAGCUAUGGCCUUCUCUACUACAGCCAUCAACUUUUCAACUGUCAACUCUUCUACAGGCUUCAUAUGCAAGCAGUUGUUUAAUAAUAAAGAUACUACAUCCUCUGAAGAUGUAAGUCCACAAGGUAUUAGUGAUGAUUCUAGUAUGGGAUCGAGAGUUCAUGCUUCAAGACCAGCCAGCCUUGACAGUAGCCGAACAUCCACUAGCAAUAGCAAUAAUAAUGCUUCACUCCAUGAGGUCAAAGCAGGUACAGAUACUAUUGAAAGCAGGCCACAAAGCCACAGCAGUGGAGAAUUUAGCCUGCUUCAUGACCACGAGGCUUGGUCCAGCAGGGGUAGCAGUCCAAUCCAGCACUUGAAAAGACAAGGCAGAUCAAGUCCAGGGCUCCAGCACAAAAUGCCUGAAACGUUAGAGAGUCGAGCACACCACAAGUUCAACACUGGUUCCCCUGGAAGUGAAGUUGUUACUCUGCAACAGUUUUUAGAAGAAAGCAACAAGCUUACCUCAAUACAUCAGAUAAAGUCCUCAAGUCAAAAAAAUCUUUUAGAUGAAGUAAUGAGAAGUUUGUCUGUCUCUUCUGACUUUUUGGGAAAAAACAAACCAGUUAGCUGUGGUCUGGCCAGGUCAGCAAGUGGAAGAUCUCCAGGAGACUUCUAUGAUAGGCAGACAACUAAGCCUGAACAAUUUGUAAGACCUGGUCCUCAAAAGACUGAAGAUACUUAUUUCAUUAGUUCUCCAGGAAAACCUACACUAGGCACACAAGGAAAGAUAAAAUUAGUAAAAGAAACUUCCCUGUCACGACAAUCAAAAGAUAGUAAUCCUUAUGCCACUUACCUCGCGCAAGCAGUGUGAUCUCUACUGACGAAGGAACUACUCCAAGGACAAGCGUCCAUGAAUUUCUGACCAAGGAAAGUAAACUGCCUAUGUCAGUUGAUUCACCACCAGCUACUGCUGAUAGCAGCAUGACUGCAGCAUCCAUCAGAAAACCAAGAUCUCCUGAAACUUCUCUGAAGGCUUCAAGGCCAGCCAUUCCUGGUGAUUCUGCCUGGGUGAAUUGGGCCAGGGUUGGGAGAAGGGACAGGACAACAAAGAGAAGAAAAAGACAUCCUUUCAUCCAGAAGUGGGUAGGGCACUCCGCUCCACCCCUCCCAUGAGGGGGUUGCCCCAACUUUGAACCUCCUCUGCACCUGUAGGCUGUCUUUAGCAUCCUCGCAAGAAUUCAAAACCACUGAUCGCACACCUGCAAUGCACCAGAAACUGCUCAGCUUGAAGGAUCUAAAGGCAAGUGAGACACAGUCCUUGGACUUCUUAGUAGCCGAGUGUUUAGGCUUCCUGUGUGGGUGCAUACUGAGAAAUCACCUGGCUUUGCUAUCACUUUUGUGUUAGUUUUUCAAUUAAAAGUCCCCUGACUUCUGAAAACUGUUGGCCUUGUUUUGGAGAGCUGGAGUGUCCCCUGAAUGUUAAAGCCUUUUCUGGAGAGGGACCAAAUUACACUGACUCCCAGCAGGCUGCCCAGACAGUGCAAAGAAGGGGAGAGAAGUCAACUGUCACUAAGACUCAACUGCAGUGACCGAAAACAAGGGAGAAAAAGGCAAAGAAGCAAUUUGGUAGUCCUUGAGCCAAGGGUUAGGAAACUAGGAAAUACUCCUUGCAACUCAGGUCUCAUAUUCCACUCUCAGGGACCUUAAAUACCCAAAGCUAGAAGUGUCUCCAGGCUCUUCAGUGAUGAAAGAGGCCUAGGAUUUUUGUUAGUGAUUCCUAUAGCUGGAAUGAAGAAGCCCAAGCUGUGACGGACAAGUGCCUGGAAGAUUUAUGAGCCCCUUUGCAAGUCACGUCCUCCCUCAGCAGGCAAUGGAAGGUGCUCAAGGAUGAAGGUGCCCCUCUGGGCUGUCUGGGGGCUGGGUCUCUGCCCCCGAGGAGUCCCAAGGAGUGGGGUGGUGGAGCAGACACACUACAUAUGAUUCUCCCUUCUCUUUCUCCACAUGCCCUCACACCUGGGGAUGAGCCCUCAAAGUGGAGCCAUUGUUCCUGUUGUUUUUCAAACUGCCAUUAUGUGCCUGAAAGGACAGUGCUUCCCAGGGUGGGAACCUUGGCAUGCAGGUCCUUGCUCUUCAUCCAGAGGAACCAGCCUGCAACACGGAGGUGACAGCCCUGCAGGGACAGGAGUGGUGCUGGGGGCUGGCCCAGCAUGCUGUUGCCACCCUGGGGCCAGCUGACCUGGGCGGCCAGCCUCACCUGCCCUGCCAGCAGCUGUGUGAAAUACUCCUUCACACAGGAUUUGUGAAGUGAUUCAGAUUGGAUUUCGGCCAUUUGCAAAUAAAGGAACCCUGAUUGCAGCAGAGAGGUAACAUCACUGAGGUUAAGGCGGCAUGAAGCAGUCUGAUUCCAGAGGAGUGCUGUCAGUCAGGCAAGCUACUGUCACUUGGAGUAGGAAGACUUCACCGAGGUCUGUAACUGUAGCCAUGACAUACAGGACACUUACUAUACGCCUGGCAAAUGCAAGUAAUUUACUCGAAUGCGCUCCUUAAUCCUCCACCAGGAAAGUGUCAGUGUUCCCAUUUUCUAGACUAGAAUUUUGACAUCCAAAAUAGGUGGGAAGCUUCUCUGAGGUCUCAGAGCCAGGAAAUGGUAGCGUCAGGUGCAGCCCAGGCAGUGUGAUUCCUGGUUUCAGACUCAACAGCUGCACGGUGCUGCCUGCCAGAUGGGAAUUGCAUACACGGGCACCAAGGCAGCUUUUUCUGGAAACUGGCAGUGGGUUUUGGUGGCGUCAGGGCAGGGGAGGAAAGAUACUGACUUCCUACCGUGUCCAGGUCUGCUGCCCCUGCCCAAGUGAUGGCUGGAACGGCAGUGCAGGUCCCGCUAAG